CAAAGCGACAAGUGAGUGUCAAAAAGUUCUCGCUAUUUUAUUUUCACCGGCUGGGCAUUUGUUGAAGGAAUAAAAUAUAAUAAUCACAGACAAAACUUAAGAUCAAUUAGUGAAAAUAUCACAUCUAGAAUAAAGGCUAAAUUAUUCUGACAAAAGUAUUCAAAAAAAUUUCAUAAAAAAGAGAUAACAGCCAAAAUGCGUGUCCAGGUGGUUUUUGUGGUACUUGCCUUUCUACUGGUCCAAAGUAGCAUAGCGUUAAAAGAGGAGGAUUGUGAAGUUUGCAUUAAGACUGUAAAACGCUUCGCUGACACAUUGGACGAUGCUACAAAGAAGGAUCAUAAAAAAAUUGAGGCUAAAUUUAAGGAUUUCUGCGAAAAGCAAAAGAAUAAAGAACACAGAUUCUGUUACUACUUAGGUGGUCUAGAAGAAUCUGCCACUGGCAUCUUGAAUGAGCUGAGCAAACCAUUGAGCUGGUCUAUGCCUGCCGAUAAGAUUUGCGAGAAACUCAAGAAGAAGGAUGCACAAAUCUGUGAUUUGCGUUAUGAGAAACAAAUUGAUUUGAACAGUGUAGAUCUAAAGAAACUGAAAGUGCGUGAUCUGAAGAAAAUACUCAACGACUGGGAUGAAACUUGCGAUGGUUGUCUUGAGAAAACAGACUUUAUCAAGAGAAUAGAAGAGCUGAAACCGAAAUAUGCGCACAGUGAAUUAUAAGGAAUAACUACUACAUACAUAAAUAAGUGCAUCCAUUUGUGCAAAAAUUAAUUUAUAAUUAUGCGUACACCCAGAAAUUAGUUAUACGCACCAAGAAAGCUGCGGCAGUUUUUUUUUUUAAUGUUUUUCGAUUUUUUAGAAAAAUUUUGAUCGAAGGCAUUUAUAGUUUUUGCAAAACGACUAAUGAUGUGUGAGAAGAGAAACAAACUAUGCAAUAAAUAACAAAACCACCAUAACAAAUA